AUAAAUACAUAGGCUAAUGAGUCCACAAAAGGCAUCACUUCUCAACUGAAAAACUAAAAGUUGUCUUCUUUCUUCUUCCCUUAACUAGCUAACCAUAGUUGGGAGGCUAGGUGGUGUAAUUUUUCGGCGAAAUGAGACUUAACAAUGGCGGCCCUGCCAAGGGUCGUCGAUAUUUGCCACAAAUCUUAGUGGCAUUGGCCAUAUUGGCUGUUGCUAAUGUAGUGUCCGCUGACCCUUAUGUGUACUCUUCUCCACCACCUCCGGUGUAUGAGUACAAAUCACCACCACCUCCUUCUCCGUCUCCAUCACCACCAUAUGUGUACAAAUCUCCACCUCCUCCCACGCCUUCUCCCCCACCUCCAUAUGUUUAUAAGUCACCUCCUCCUCCUUCUCCAUCACCACCACCACCAUAUGUGUAUAAGUCCCCACCACCUCCCUCGCCUUCUCCACCACCACCCUAUGUGUAUAAGUCCCCACCACCUCCCUCACCGUCUCCACCACCACCCUAUGUGUAUAAGUCUCCACCACCUCCCUCACCGUCUCCACCUCCACCGUAUUACUACAAAUCUCCUCCUCCCCCAUCACCUUCACCACCACCUCCAUAUUACUACAAGUCUCCACCUCCACCUUCACCGUCACCUCCACCACCAUACUAUUACAAAUCUCCACCACCGCCUUCACCAUCACCACCUCCACCAUAUUAUUACAAGUCUCCACCGCCACCUUCACCUUCUCCUCCACCGCCUUAUUACUACAAGUCUCCACCUCCUCCAUCACCUUCACCACCACCACCAUACUACUACAAGUCUCCUCCUCCACCUUCACCAUCACCACCCCCACCAUACUAUUACAAGUCCCCACCACCACCGGCUAAAUCACCUCCUCCCCCAUACUAUUACAGUUCACCUCCACCACCAGUGAAGUCUCCCCCUCCACCAUACUACUACUCCUCACCACCACCACCAAAGAAAUCACCUCCUCCACCGUAUCACUACACUUCUCCACCACCACCAGUUAAGUCACCACCUCCUCCGUACUACUACUCCUCACCACCACCGCCAAAGAAAUCACCUCCUCCACCAUAUCACCACAGUUCCCCACCACCACCAGUUAAGUCACCUCCAACUCCGUACUACUACAAGUCUCCACCACCACCACCAAAGAAGUCUUCUCCCGCACCAUACUACUAUACUUCACCACCACCACCAACUCAUUACUAUCCUCCACAUCAUCAAUUUGUAGUCAAAGUUGUCGGAAAAGUCUAUUGUUUCAGAUGUUAUGAUUGGAAGCACACAGAGAUGUCUCACGGCAAGAAACACCUGAAAGGUGUUGUUGUUGAAGUGACUUGCAAGGCCGGUGACAAAGAAAUUGUGAGUUAUGGUACCACUAAGAACAAUGGCAAAUUUAGCAUCACGGUUAAAGGAUUUGAAUACCGCAAAUAUGGAGCAAAGGCUUGCAAGGCUAAACUCCACUAUGCUCCUAAGGGUUCAAAGUGUAGCAUUCCUACAAACCUUCAUUGGGGAAUUAAGGGUGCUAACCUCAAAGUGAAGUCAAAGAAUAAAUAUGAAGUUGUUCUCUAUGCAAAACCAUUUGCUUAUGGUUCUAAGACACCUUAUGCCGAAUGCAAAAAGCCCAAGCCUACACCUGCUCCAUACUAUUAUAAAUCUCCUCCACCUCCAACACCGACUUAUGUUUAUAAGUCACCACCCCCUCCAUCUCCAAAAUAUGUUUACAAGUCACCACCUCCCCCAACCCCGACAUACGUGUAUAAGUCUCCACCACCACCUGCUUACCAUUACAAAUCUCCACCUCCACCAUCACCAAAACUUGCACCGGUAUACUAUUAUAAAUCACCACCACCACCAUCACCA